UGAUUGGGUGCGAGCUGGAUUGGGUCGUAGGCUGCGGCAUUUUAGCAAGACACUACGGACUGUUGUAGGGUGUGUGUUUGCUAAUUGUGUUUAGGCAACAUGGUGUUGAAGGCAGUUUGUGUUCUGAAAGGCAGCGGUGAAGUCUCGGGGACUGUCCACUUUGAGCAGCAGAAUGGUGAUGCACCAGUAAAAGUGACUGGGAAGAUUUCUGGUCUGACUCCGGGAGAUCACGGAUUUCAUGUGCAUGCCUUUGGAGAUAACACAAAUGGCUGUGUAAGUGCUGGGCCUCACUAUAAUCCACACAACAAAACCCAUGGAGGCCCUCGCGAUGAAAACAGGCAUGUGGGUGACCUUGGCAACGUCACUGCUGGAGAGGAUAAAGUAGCGAACAUUAACAUUGAGGACAAGCACAUCACAUUGACUGGACAAUUCUCCAUUAUUGGACGGACUAUGGUGAUCCACGAGAAGGCCGAUGACCUGGGGAAAGGGGGAGACGACGAGAGCCUGAAAACGGGCAAUGCUGGGGGGCGUCUGGCCUGCGGGGUGAUUGGUAUCGCUCAGUGAUGAACCCCCCAUUCAGAGCGCCUGAGCUGGAACAUGGGUGAUCUAGUGACCAGUAUCCGUUCCCAGAAGAAGGGAAUAAGGGAAUAUUCUUGUCUACAGAAUUUGCUGAUCUUAGCAAUUAAAAUGCUUCUGUUGUCAUUUCUCUUUGAUGUGUUUGAAGAUCAUAUUUUUGUUCUGUAGUGUCCCUGUUGUUCAAGAAUUCCACAGCACGUUUAGAAGGAUCUAGUUUUUCUUGCUAUGGAAAACCAAUAAAUAUUGACUAGUAAUAUA